UUCUAGGGUCCGGGCCGGAGAGAGGCCUGGUAGGUACAGCCGCUGAGGCUCGGUCGGCUCCGUCGGCUCGGAGCAGGGGCUCCAGCCCGGGUCAGAGUUUGGAGGUCCACGGCCGCCCACCCGCGUCCUGUGUCCUCCCAGCGCCCGGGCCAACGAAAUGACCAUUAAGAAGUAGAUGCCUAGAUACAAAGGUGAUGAAACAGUCCAUUUGUCAUAAAGUAAGAUGCAUCUGUGGCUUUUCAACCAGAUUAGAACAAAAUUGUAUCUGUUUUCCUCAGAAGAGAAUUCCACAAGUGCUCACAUGGUCUUCUGAAGAAGCCAUGGGUAGCUGUUGUAGCUGUCCAGAUAAAGACACGGUCCCAGAUAACCAUCGGAAUAAAUUUAAGGUCAUUAAUGUGGAUGAUGAUGGGAAUGAGUUAGGUUCUGGCAUAAUGGAACUUACAGACACAGAACUGAUUCUAUAUACCCGAAAGCGUGAUUCAGUAAAAUGGCACUACCUCUGCCUGCGACGCUAUGGCUAUGACUCGAAUCUCUUUUCUUUUGAAAGUGGCCGAAGGUGUCAAACUGGACAAGGAAUCUUUGCCUUUAAGUGUGCUCGUGCAGAAGAAUUAUUUAACAUGUUGCAAGAGAUUAUGCAGAACAAUAGUAUAAAUGUGGUGGAAGAGCCAGUUGUAGAAAGGAAUAAUCAUCAGACAGAAUUGGAAGUCCCCAGAACACCUCGAACACCUACCACCCCAGGGUUUGCUGCUCAGAAUUUACCUAAUGGAUAUCCCCGAUAUCCCUCAUUUGGAGAUGCUUCAUCUCAUCCUUCAAGCAGACAUCCUUCUGUGGGAAGUGCUCGCUUACCUUCAGUUGGUGAAGAAUCUACACAUCCUUUGCUUGUGGCUGAGGAACAAAUACAUACCUAUGUCAACACUACAGGUGUACAGGAAGAGCGGAAAAACCGCACAAGUGUGCAUGUCCCUUUGGAGGCAAGAGUUUCUAACACUGAAUGCAACACACCAAAAGAAGAACCAAGUAGUAUUGAAGACAGGGACCCUCAGAUUCUUCUGGAACCUGAAGGAGUCAAAUUUGUUUUAGGACCAACCCCUGUUCAGAAGCAAUUAAUGGAAAAAGAGAAACUGGAGCAACUUGGAAGAGAUCAAGUUAGUGCAAGUGGUGCAAAUAACACAGAAUGGGACACUGGCUAUGACAGUGAUGAACGAAGAGAUGCACCCUCUGUUAACAAACUGGUAUAUGAAAAUAUAAAUGGGCUAUCUAUCCCUAGUGCCUCAGGGGUCAGGAGAGGUCGUCUGACAUCUACCAGUACCUCAGAUACCCAGAAUAUCAACAACUCAGCUCAGAGAAGAGCAUUAUUAAACUAUGAAAAUUUACCAUCUUUGCCUCCAGUUUGGGAAGCCCGCAAGCUAAGUAGGGAUGAAGAUGACAAUUUAGGACCAAAGACUCCAUCUCUCAAUGGCUACCAUAAUAAUCUAGAUCCAAUGCAUAACUAUGUAAAUACGGAGAACGUAACAGUGCCGGCAAGUGCUCACAAAAUAGAAUAUUCAAGGCGUCGGGACUGUACACCAACAGUCUUUAACUUUGAUAUCAGACGCCCAAGUUUAGAACACAGGCAGCUCAAUUACAUACAGGUUGACUUGGAAGGUGGCAGUGACUCUGACAACCCUCAGACUCCAAAAACGCCUACCACUCCCCUUCCACAAACCCCUACCAGGCGCACAGAGUUGUAUGCUGUGAUAGACAUCGAGAGAACUGCUGCUAUGUCAAAUUUGCAGAAAGCACUGCCACGAGAUGAUGGUACAUCUAGGAAAACUAGACAUAAUAGUACUGAUCUGCCCAUGUGAGCCUGGAAAGCAUUAUGCUGUUUGCACCUUUGUGAAGUUUUUAAAAAUGAAGAUGCAAGUGCUUCAUUUUCAUUUCUACACUAACUCCUUUUAUAGACUGAUAAAAAAUUUUUCCGAAUAUUUCAUGCGCAUCUAACUAAAGGGAAUUAAUGUAGAGCAGGUACUCCUUAAAGAACACUAAUUUCAUUAUAUACUACUCAUUAUUGUAUAGCAGCAUUCCCACUUUAACAGUGCCUAUUUAAAAUGAGAGUUGAAAUGAA